GGCUUAUCAGAACGAGCAGGGUCCAUUCAAACCCCACCUAAAUUAACAAUAUAGAAUGAAUUUCAGAACAAAUUUGUCUAGAUCUAAACAGAAAUUUAACAACACAAGCAGCUGCGGAUCAAACAUAGCAAUGAUGGACUCUUCCAUCGCUAGGUCCCGAGCGAUCAUGACGUAUAAAUAACCAAUCAUCGAAUUUUGGAAAGCUUAAGAUGAAAUUUAACAAGAGGAUCCAGCUUCAGACUAAGGAAGAGAACUUGUUUUCAAAGAACUCUAUUGCCUUUGAUGAUAGCUGAAAAGUAUUCGAAGGGAACCCAAGUUUUGAUUCGAAAGAAGUACCUCGAGCUACUUUCUCAGAGAUGAGACCCCCAAGUGAGCUAAUAGAGUCACAGAAAGGCUCUGAAGUUACUGAUAAAGUUAUCCAGUUGUCAAAUUGGGUGAAAACACCUGAGAAAAUACCGAAAAAAUUAUAG